GACUAUUUUUGUGACCAAUGUGACAUCACUAACAGAGAGGGUUUAAAGGUGGGCAAUGCCAGUGUUAGUCAGCAGAUGACCAGAGUCAACAUGUUCUCCAUAAUCCUAGCAUCAGUGCUCGUCGCUAGCGUCCUUGGGUGUGGCAAACCACCCAUUGAGCCCGUCAACUCUCGUGUGGUCAAUGGAGAGGAAGCCAAUCCCCACAGCUGGCCCUGGCAGGUCUCUCUGCAGUAUCAGAGUGGUGCAUCAUGGUAUCACACUUGUGGAGGAUCUAUUAUUGCCACUAACUGGGUGAUGACAGCUGCUCACUGUAUCAGUUCUGGACGUAACUACAGGGUGUUUGUUGGUAAGCAUGACCUGUCAGUGGAGGAGGCUGGCUCAAAGGCCAUCAGCGCGCAGAAGAUUAUUGUGCACGAGAAAUGGGAUGACAUGUUUGUGGCCCUUGGAAAUGACGUUGCCCUGAUCAAGCUGUCCGAACCCGUGGUCUUGAGUGACAGUAUUCAGCUAGGCUGCAUCCCUCCUGCUGGCUCCAUCCUGCCCAACAACUACUCCUGCUAUGUUUCCGGCUGGGGAAGACUCUGGACUGGAGGACCCCUCCCUGAUAAGCUGCAGCAGGCUCUGAUGCCCAUUGUGGAUCAUGCCACUUGCUCCAGGUCUGACUGGUGGGGUUCAACCGUCAAGGAAAGCAUGGUCUGCUCUGGUGGAGAUGGCAUUGUUGCUGCCUGCAAUGGUGACUCUGGUGGCCCCCUGAACUGCAAGAACUCUAGUGACAUUUGGGAGGUGCAUGGAAUCGCCAGUUUUGUUUCUGGUUACGGCUGUGACACUGAGAAGAAGCCAACUGUAUUCACCCGUGUGUCCGCAUUCAAUGACUGGAUCGACACGGUCAUGCUGAACAAUUAAGAUCGACCAAAGAUGCUGUCCUUAUGUUAAUAAUAACAGAAAACCGAACAACCAACAAACAAAUAAAUCAAUAUAUAAUGGCUCAACACAGGAACAAA